ACACAACCGAAGGUGCCAUCCAUACAGAGGUUUGUCUCGCCAUUUGUCGACCACCAAGUCACCAAGCAAACAUCUCAAGUCAAUCCGAUCCGACAUCGCAUGAAACUGAUGCACAAUCGAAUGGUCAUCAUCCGCUGCUGCUAUUUAUAAAUGCUGUGUUAUUGAAGCCAUACCCCGCACACUUCCUUAAGGAAGAUAAAAAAAGAGAACCUCUUUCUGUCAAGCUAAAGAGCUGCAAUCGAAUUCCCGUUUUUAUCAUAUUACAUCUUUUCCUCCAAAGUCAUCAAGGACAGUCAUACGCCUCUCGUCAUUAAAUAUUUCACUUCAGGAUAUACUCCAUUUAACAUUCUGCUAAGGAUCACAUCUUGUGUUAACACUUAGAGUUUCAUGUUUAAUCUUAAUAAUAGUCUGUCUAUAAGCGCAGUGUACCCCUGUUCGGUACCAUGGACUAUAAAUUAUCCGUUUCAUUCCCCUUUUUACGCUAAACUGUAUUACCUACUGAUUUCUUCCAGGGGAACUUCCCUACCCAAACUAUACAUCACAAUGAGCAUAUUGCAUCUUGGUUGGAUAUCAAUUGAGCGUACAUAUUAGGUGUUUGAAGGGGACGUCUGACUGGCUAAUUACAGGGAGUUAAACCUAAUAUCGAACUACCCCCGAAGUAAUAGGAAGAGACCAAUUGCACCAAUAACUGACCUAUCGUGUCAUCUCGAUUCUUCACUCCGCCUCGCACAUCAAACAACAGUAUACUGUGUGACAACUGACAGUCCGACUGCACAACCACAGAUCGCAAUAUGUCUUCUCCUAUUUCUGCCCUGGUUAUCCUGGUUCUAACAGUGAUAACCGGUAUCGUGGGUUCGCCAUUAAGAAGUGAGAAAGACAGAUGGCUCGAGGCGAUGGGUCUAGCUGAUUCUCCAGGAAUCUAUGUAGGACCAGGUCCCGUUGACCUAGAAUCCAGUGGUGACUUCGGAAGCAUACUCGGCAGUUUACAAGGCAGCGGUGAUAAUCCAUCAGAACCAGUUAAGCAAGAAGGAUUUGAUCUCACUGAUAUUUUGAUCGCAGUGGACCAUGAAACAGAUCCAGUUUCCUUUAUUCCAUCAAGUGAAAGCAGCAGUAGCACCAGUAGCAGUAGCAGCAUGAGCAGCAGCAUUAUCGAGGCAUCUUUGAGCGAAUAUGAUGGUAUUGACUCCGAAGAGGAGGUCCACAUCGAGGAGUCUACGAACAACAAAUAUGAUGGCGACAACGAGCUCGGGACUGGAGCUAUUGACGGCCACAACCAGAACACCUUUGAUAACAACAUGCCAUUCCACCCAAACGCUAUACCCGAUGCCUUCCAGAAUGGCGCUAACGCUGAACUUGGACCUGAUAAGGAGAUCAACAAGAUUUCCACACGGGCAAAGGCUAAUCCUAAUCCAAAGGGAGUGAAGCCACACCCCAACAUAGCCGGAGAGAGGGAAAAGUCGGCUGUUGCAGGGAAGGGGAACGCACCCCCAAAUGUCCUGAAGUACACGGCUGUAAUAGGUGUUGUAAUGGUUGCUGUGGCUGUCGGCAUGGGGGCUCUAUUGAGUGCGAUAGGACUUGGAGCCGUAAGACUUAUCAAAAGAGUUCGGAAACCUAAGGCAGAGGAGGCAUGAUAAUCGCGUCAAUCUUUCUUGAACAGUAUUCACUUUUUAUUUUUUUAAAUAAAUAAAGCUGCGUUGAUAACGAUGUAUUUCACUUUGUAAUGGAUUCUUUUUUUUUUUUUUACUUCCGAACGUUAUAAAGCAAUCCCCUAUAUACCACCGUCAAUUAGAUAAAAAAAAAACGUCGGAUGUAUUUGUAUGACGGCCUCUUUGCUCGCCUAAAUUCAUUUUCUGCUACAAAGAAUUAGUUAUCAUAAAGUACACUAAUUACAUUCACAAGGUGGGAGGCGUCAAUGAAAAAGGAAAAUAUAUCUGUAUUAGACCUGCUACGUAAAACUUUUAUCUUAGGCAACACUAAAGCAUGCCUGAGUCACAAAGCUAUAUCCGAAAAUUUACAUGAGAAUUCGAGAAGUAAUUUUUUCCAAAUACUCAACAUUUAAGUGCCUUAACGUAAAAAAAGAAGAGAUAUUGAUACUCAUAAAAUGUAAUAAUUUUAAUUGGGGUACAUCAAAUAUAUCUCGAAUAUCAAUAUAUUUUUUCGUUGUCAUGUCGCGAGUGUAUUACCAAUCAUUAACAUGACAAAUUAAUGGAAAUGGAUUUCAUAUGAAUACCUCAUGUUAACCAACGUCUGUACAUAGUUUUUCAUUCAUUCUGCCGUUUCUUUUCUAUAUACAAUAAUAUAAAUGUUUGUUAUUAUUGCUUCAUACAGCUAUGAUGAAUACAAGAUGCAAAUAAAUGUUAUUUUCCCUCAUCAUACUAAAAAAUCCGGAGUAUGCUACAGCUUGUAUAUCAUAUCCCACCCAAGAUUCAUGAUUUCAUAAGUGGCUCUGAUAUCAAUGCACAUUCAACCUAAGACUCAUUAUAGUAUUUUACUUUGUUGAAUAGCAUAUGAACCUGUCUAUCUCUAAUCAUGGAAAAAUGAAAUCAUGUUUAAUUGACGUAUUUAAAAUCAAUUAUUCCUUUAAUAUUUUCGAAAUUAAUUGAUUUUCCUAAUCUUGUAAAUUUUUGUCUCAUGAUUAAGGAAAUGGAUUUAAAAAAGUAAAAAAGAAAUGGCAUGUAUUUUAUAAUGCAUCUUAAAUAAAGUGAAAAAUAAGUUUUCUAAUUUGUAGCAAUAAAACUGUGUGCAUAAACUAUACAGUAUUUAAAGACAAACAAACGAAGCCAAUGAUAUUGUCAAUACUACCAUUAAUCCACUGUUAUCAUAAUCCUCAUUAUUUUCACUUUCACUAUCAAUCUAUUUGAUUCAGCUGUAAGAUCUACAAAUUACAUGAUAUUCAUGAGUAUGUGCAUCAAUAUCUACAAUAUUUUCAUGUAAAUAGUGUACAAAUUGCAUUUUCUAAUAAGUAUGGAUGACUCAUUAUUAUGUUGAACACCUUUGUAGCAUAGAUUAAACAUGAACUAAUUGUUUUUGCAAAAAAAAAAAUCUUACUUAAUGUUAUGUUUUCGUGUGCACUUUAUACAAUUGUACGAAUUUGCCGUGUUAAAAAGCUUCUAAAUAAAAAAAUAAUGUCUUCUUUUAUAAUAAAAUUGAAUAAUC